AUGGACCUAGAGGUACACCAAGUCACUUCUCUCGUUCUUUUUUCUCUUUCGUGUCAAUCCUCCAUUUUGUUUUGAAGUUGUGUCCCCUCUUGUCUUCUUCCUCAGAAUGGGCUCAACGCGUUGCACCUGGCAGCUAAGGAGGGCCACGUGGAGCUGGUCCAGGAGCUGCUGGAGAGAGGCUCGGCUGUGGACUCAUCCACCAAGGUGGGUUCCCUUAACACUCUACCGUAUGUGACGCUAGCACAGGUAGGUAGGCUAUUGAUUCAUCCACAACUGAGUAGAGUAAGACUUGUGAAGGACUUAGACUUUUGGAUUGAAAUCAAAUAUCAUAAUCAAGUGAAAGUACUCCAAAGAUGACAUCAGGUUUUGUUUUUCUUCAGCGGUGAAAUCUGAUUGGUUGAGGCAACUGUGCAUUGUUUUGGUUUGGUUUGGUUUGGCUUGAUGUUUUACUUUCCAACUGGGAUAAAAUCUUUCAAACAACCCAAAAAUGGGAUGCAUUUCUCGGAAAAGUCUGCUCGUUCAUGGUAUCGGUCUCCAAAUGUGGUGCCCAAAACCUGGAUCAAGUGUAACACACGGGGUUAACCAGGUCAAAGUCCUGAAAUGGCUAUAGUCAAACGCUUGCCCUACAUUAACCUGACUCUUAACCUUUUCACAGUGAGUCUAUACUACCAUACCCAGGGUGGUCAGCCUUAUCCCACUGCCCAACACCCAAUGCACUGCAACCUAACUGUAACCUAAUGCUGUCACAUGACUGUGCAUUCUAGCUUCAGAGUACUGGGGUGUAGCAGGCAGGAAAGAGGAUACAGCUAGAUUACAUUUAGAUGGAGGUACUAAUGCCAAGCUGUGGAAAUGGAGAAGGUCUAUUCCUUCUAAGCAACUUGUUUGGGUGUCCUGUGACUUGUUAAAUGUUGAAACGUAGAUUCAACACUUAUACAGUUGGUGUUUUUGCCUCGUGGUUGGUGUUUGAAUGGCUGGCAUGGUGCCAUUUGAGGUAUUUUUUUGUAUUUUAUUAGGAUCCCCAUUAGCUGUUGCAAAAGCAGCAGCUACUUUUCCUGGGGUCCACACAAAACAUGAAACAUGACAUAAUACAGCUCAAGGACAGAACUACAUACAUUUUUUUUAAAGCACACGUAGCCUACAUAUCAAUACAUACACACAAACUAUCUAGGUCAAAUAGGGGAGAGGCUUUGUGCCGUGAGGUGUUGCUUUAUCUGUUUUUUGAAACCAGGUUUGCUGUUUAUUUGAGCAAUAUGAGAUGGAACGGAGUUCUAUGCAAUAAUGGCUCUAUAUAAUACAGUACGCUUUCUUGAAUUUGUUCUGAAUUUGGGGACUGUGAAAAGACCCCUGGUGGCAUGUCUGGUGUGGUAAGUGUGUGUGUCAGAGCUGUGUGUAAGUUGACUAUGCAAACAAUUUGGGAUUUUCAACACAUUCAUGUUUCUUAUAAGAAGAAGAUGUGAUGCAGUCGGUCUCUCCUCAACUCUUAGCCAAGAGAGACUGGCAUGAAUAGUAUUGAUAUCAGCCCUCUGAUUACAAUGAAGAGCUAGAUGUGCUGCUCUGUUCUGGGCCAGCUGCAGCUUAACUAGGUAUUUCCUUGCAGCACUGGAUCACACGACUGGACAAUAAUCAAGAUUAGACAAAACUAGAUCCUGCAGAACUUGUGUCAAAAAAGCAGAACAUCUCUUUAUUACGGACAGACCUCUCCCCAUCUUUACAACCAAUGAAUCUAUAUGUUUUGACAAUGAUGGUUUACAAUCUAAGGUAACGCCAAGUAAUUUAGUCUCCUCAACUUGUUCAACAGCCACACCAUUCAUUACCAGAUUCAGCUGAGGUCUAGAACUUAGGGAAUGAUUUGUACCAAAUACAAUGCUCUUAGUUUUAGAGAUGUGCAGGACCAGUUUGUUAGUGGCCAACCAUUCCAAAACAGACUGCAACUCUUUGUUAAGAGUUUCAGUGACUUAAUUAGCUGUGGUUGCUGAUGCGUAUAUGGUUGAAUAAUCAGCAUACAUGGACACACAUGCUUUGUUUAAUGCCAGUGGCAGGUCAUUGGUAAAAAUAGAAAAGAGUAGAGGGCUUAGAGAGCUGCCCUUUGGUACACCACACACAUUUUACAUGUUUAACAUUAGAGAAGGUUCCAUUAAUGAAAACCCUCUGUGUUCUAUUAGAUAGAUAGCUCUGAAUCCAUGAUAUGGCAGAGGUUGAAAAGCCAUAUCACAUAUGUUUUUUCAACAACAGGUUAUGGUCAAUAAUAUCAAAGGCUGCACUGAAAUCUAACAGUACAGCUCCCACAAUCUUCUUAUUAUCAAUUUCUUUCAACCAAUCAUCAGUCAUUUGUGUCAGUGCAGUACAUGUUGAGUGCCCUUCCCUAUAAGCAUGCUGAAAGUCUGUUGUUAAUUUGUUUACAGAGAAAUAACAUUGUAUUUGGUCAAACACCAUUUUUUCCAACAGUUUGCUAAGAGCUGGUAGCAAGCUUAUAGGUCUGCUGUUAGAACCAGUAAAGGCCACUUUACCAUUCUUGUGUAGCGGAAUUACUUUGGCUUCCCUCCAGGCCUGAGGACAAAGACUUUCCUCUAGGCUCAGAUUAAAGAUAUGACAGAUAGGAGUGGCUAUAGAGUCAGCUACCAUCCUCAGUAGCUUCCCAUCUAAGUUGUCAAUGCCAGGAGGUUUGUCAUUAUUGAUCGAUAACAAUAAUUUUUCCACCUCUCCCACACUAACUUUACAAAAUUCAAACUUGAAAUGCUUUUCUUUCAUUAUUUGUUUUUUUUAUGGAGGAAUACGAUGGCUCACUGUUCAUUGUUGGCAUUUCCUGCCUAAGUUUGCCCACUUUGCCAAUGAUGUAAUCAUUUAAAUAAUUGGCAACAUCAAAUGGUUUUGUGAUGAAUAAGCCAUCUGAUUUGAUGAAAGAUGGAGUUUAAUUUGUCUCUCUGCCCAUCAUUUCAUUUAAAGUACUCCCAAAACAUUUCCAUAAUCCUUUAUAUCAUUGAUCUUGGCUUCAUAAUACAGUUUCUUCUUCUUUUUGUUGAGUUUAGUCACAUACUUUCACAAUUUACAGUAAGUCAACCAGUCAGAUGUGCAACCAGACUUAUUAGCCACUCCUUUUGCCACAUCUCUUUCAACCAUACAGUUUUUCAAAUCCUAAUCAAUCCAUGGAGCCUUAACAAUUUUAACAGUCAGUUUCCUAACAGGUGCAUGUUUAUCAAUAAUUGAAAGAAGCAAUGUCAUAAAUUCAUCAAGUGCAGCGUCUUAUUAAUCACAUCAGACCAACAAAUAUAUUUUACAUCAUCCACAUAAGAGUCACAGCAAAAUCUUUUGUAUGAUCUCUUAUACACUAUUUUAGGCCCAGCUGUUGGAACUUUGGCUUUCCUGGAUAUAGCCACUAUAUUGUGAUCACUGCAUCCAAUGGGUAUGGAUACAGCUUUAGAACAAAGUUCUACAGUAUUAGUAAAAAUGUGAUCGAUACAUGUGGAUGAUCUUGUUCCUGUAGUGUUUGUAAACACCCUGGUAGGUUGAUUAAAAACCUGAACCAGAUUACAGGCGCUGGUUUCUCCCAAACAUUAUAUAUCCUGAAUUUACUCGUCUUGUGUUUAAUAUCAUUUACUUGGUCAUGUUUAAUUGUGUUUACUGUACAUUACUCAUUUUAAAUGUUUAUUUUGACAACACAAUAGGCCUACCCCAAACUUGAGGUAGAUUGUCACUGAAACAAGUGUCUUGACGUGACUUGUUAAUCACUGUGUCCUAAUUAAAAGCAUUGAGGGAUUAAUCCCAGGCUGUUGCUGGUAUGAGGGAUAACUCUCCAUUAUCACUGGCUGUCUGUGUCACAGCAUCAUUAGGAAAGCAUUAUCUCUGGCUGUUUGUGUCACAGCAACAUUAGGAAGGCAUCAUCUCUGGCUGUCUGUGUCACAGCAUCAUUAGGAAGGCAUUAUCUCUGGCUGUCUGUGUCACAGCAUCAUUAGGAAGGCAUCAUCUCUGGCUGUCUGUGUCACAGCAUCAUUAGGAAGGCAUCAUCUCUGGCUGUCUGUGUCACAGCAUCAUUAGGAAGGCAUUAUCCCUGGCUGCCUGUGUCACAGCAUCACUAGGAAGGCAUUAUCUCUGGCUGUCUGUGUCACAGCAUCAUUAGGAAGGCAUUAUCUCUGGCUGUCUGUGUCACAGCAUCACUAGGAAGGCAUUAUCUCUGGCUGUCUGUGUCACAGCAUCAUUAGGAAGGCAUUCUCUCUGGCUGUCUGUGUCACAGCAUCAUUAGGAAGGCAUCAUCUCUGGCUGUCUGUGUCACAGCAUCAUUAGGAAGGCCCCCUCAACUCCAUCACUGAGCCAUGGGUGUCUGUGGAUAUGCCUGUCUGUUUGGGUUGUCACACCUCCAGUCAGUGAUGGAUUGAAUGAAUGAUGAUGGGUGAUACAAUUAUGAAUAGGAGUGGCUGUAGAGUAAUGAGAUGGCGGUAUGACAGUCAUUUGUGUGGUAAUGAAAAUGUCAUAACACUGAUGAGGGAGGGAGUAGGGUAUAGUUAGUAAUAAGAGGUUUGGUCAGAGUGCCAAUUAUACUGUGCUAUUUGGGGGUCUCUUUUUUUCGUGGGACCAUGAUAAAAAAAUAUUAUGGGUCAAAUAUAUAGUAAACUAAAUGUAUUACCUUUUAAUUUGGCAUGAACACAACCAGUCAUUAUGUUUUCAUCUUAUUGUCAACAAACCACAAGUAGGCUACCAGCGCAUGUUCAUCCACUCCAAAAUAAUUCCAGCAUUCAAAGUCUCGACUCGCGUCAUUUGAUAAAUGGAAAGAGACAUCUGUUACAAAACACCAAAAAGUGUAAUGACAUCUGGUGAUUGUUUCUGAGUGCGGUUACAUGCACACAAAAAUGUUUUUUGUUGUUGUAGAUAAUCAGAUUAAUAUAAUAGUUUGAUUAAAGUGUUUACAUGCUUUGCAAGAAUAAACUUUUCCCUAAUAAUCCUGUUUACAUGGACACAUCUGAAAUCAGGCUACCUGAUGGCAGACCACUCAUAAGUAAAAAUGUAUGCACGCAUGACUGUAAGUCGCUUUGGAUAAAAGCGUCUGCUAAAUGGCAUAUUAUUAUAUAUUAUUACUGCAGUGUGCUAAAUCAGGGCCACACAGAGUGAUUAUUGAUAGUCUUAAACAAAUCUACUAUGAAAAGUAUACACCUCACGCACAUAGUUAUAGGCUUAAAAAAAUAAGACACCUGUACCAUGUCAGAUAUAGAGUUGAAAUAUAUUACAUUUUGAGUUUGCAUCCCAAUAUUACGCUUUAUAUACAUCACAGAAGACUGAAAUCUAACAAGCUGUUUGACAUAGAAACAGUGGAUUUUCGUCGUAAAAAUAAUAAUAUAUGUAUUAAUGAUGGGUGAAAUUAUAAAAAAUAUUAAUAACAUUCCACCCCAUGAGGCCAAAAAGGGCGCUUUUGGUCAUUGACUGCAGGAAAGGGCUACGGCGUUUACAUUUUCUAAUAUUUCGAAAGAUUGCUCAGAAAACCAGGUGUUUUAAUCGGCGGAUGCUUACUUCCAUUUUGACUUGACGCCGAUUAAGAUGAGCAGAGUAAGGUGUUUACAUGACUACUGCGUAAUCGGCCUACUGCCAUAAUCAGUUUAAUAUCUAAUUAUUAGUGUGCAUGUAAACUUACUCAUUGGGUCUACACUCUUGUAGCCUGAAUUAAUUGACGUGUCUCGCUUUCAAAAGGACCUUUUUGUAGAAUGAAAAGUUGGGACACCUGAAAAUGGCUGAGAUAUGGGACUGUCCCGGGAUGUGCAGCCACAUGGAACAAAAAUCAUUUAAACCAUGACACAGAGGUGGGGAUGUUCAUUUAAUUUGGAAUAUGCUUUUAUUUUAACAUGUACCACUGUAGCAGUACAAUUUGCAUUUUAAACAAAUAGGAGAAUGGCUAAAUUAGCAUUAUUUAGAGGGGGACUCAUGUCUCAUUCAGGGGGUCUGAGACCCCUCCUGGGCCCCCUGUAAUUCGCACUCUGGGUUUAGUAUGCAUGAAAUUCAAAAAUGGACAAUUCAAUAUUAAUAGUAAUAUACACUACAUGACCAAAAGUCAAAUUCUCAUUCCAAAAUUAUGGCCAUUAAUAUGGAGUUGGUCCCCCCUUUGCUGCUAUAACAGCCUCCACUCUUCAGGGAAGGCUUUCCACUAGAUGUUGGAACAUUGCUGCGGGGACUUGCUUCCAUUCAGCCACAAGAGCAUUAGUGAGGUCGGGCACUGAUGUUGGGCGAUUAGGCCUGGCUCGCAGUCGGCGUUCCAAUUCAUCCCAAAGGUGUUCGAUGGGGUUGAGGUCAGGGCUCUUUGCAGGCCAGUCAAGUUCUUCCACACCGAUCUUGAAAAACAAUUUCUGUAUGGACCUCGCUUUGUGCACGGGGCCAUUGUCAUGCUGAAACAGGAAAGGGCCUUCCCCAAACUGUUGCCACAAAGUUGGAAGCACAGAAUCAUCUAGAAUGUCAUUGUAUGCUGUAGCGUUAAGAUUUCCCUUUCACUGGAACUAAGGGACCUAGCCAGAACCAUGAAAAACAGCCCCAGACCAUUAUUCCUCCUCCACCAAACUUGACAGUUGGCACUAUGCAUUGGGGCAGGUAGCGUCCUCCAAACCCAGAUUUGUCUGUCGGACUGCCAGAUGGUGAAGCGUGAUUCAUCACUCCAGAGAAUGCGUUUCCACUGCUCCAGAGUCCAUUGACGGCGAGCUUUACACCACUCCAGCCGACACUUGGCAUUGCACAUGGUGAUCUUAGGCUUGUGUGCGGCUGCUCGGCCAUGAAACCCAUUUCAUGAAGCGCCUGAUGAACAGUUAUUGUGCUGACGUUGCUUCCAGAGGCAGUUUGGAACUCGGAAGGGAGUGUUGCAACCUAGAACAGACAAUCUUUACACGCUACGCGCUUCAGCACUCGCCGGUCCCGUUCUGUGAGCUUGUGUGGCCUAGCACUUCGCAGCUGAGCUGUUGUUGCCCCUAGACUUUUCUACUUCACAAUAACAGCACUUACAGUUGACCGGGGCAGCUUUAGCAGGGCAGAAAUUUGACGAACUGACUUGUUGGAAAGGUGACAUCCUAUGACGGUGCCACGUUGAAAGUCACAGAGCUCUUCAGUAAGGCCAUUCUACUGUCAAUGUCUAUGGAGAUUGCAUGGCUGUGUGCUCUAUUUUAUACACCUGUCACCAACGGGUGUGGCUGAAAUAGCCGAAUCCCCUAAUUUGAAGGGGUGUCCACAUACUUUUAUAUAUAUAGUGUAUGUUGUAAGGCCUAUACAGGGCAAAGCAGUUCUUGUCAUAUUCAUGAGUCUGAGGUGAAACGUGAACCUCUUGUAAUGUGUUUUAACUUGCUUCUUUAGCAACUGAACCCACAGUGCUCCAUGUUUUCCUUGUUCUCUGAUACUGCUGUAAGCACUGUCUGUGUGUUCUGUCCACCAGAAAGGGAACACAGCCCUCCACAUUGCCUCUCUGGCCGGACAGGCAGACGUGGUGAAGAUACUGGUGAAGCGUGGAGCAGAAAUUAACUCUCAGUCUCAGGUAAGAGAUUCAGUAGCAAGGCGGCAGCCAUCUUGCUUUCGUCUCUAAUCCCUACCAGCUCUGAUCAGGAUUGCUGUGGCCAUACAAUGCUGUGGACAUAUGGGCUAAGGACAUACCCUCUUACUGUGCAGUGUGUAUAUUGUAUUGAUUGAUGCUCUACAAAAUGAUGUCUUCCCAAAAUGAUGUUACCUGUCGUUGUCUUCGUUAGGCUCUAAGGUCUAAUGUUGUGCUGUUGUGUCUCCAGAAUGGCUUCACUCCUCUGUACAUGGCUGCUCAGGAGAACCAUAUAGACGUGGUGCGUUACCUACUGGAGAACGGAGGUAACCAGAGCACCGCUACAGAGGUGAGGGUGUCUCUUGGCAGUCCUACGGUUGAAGCCCCAUUUUGACAGCACAAGAUGUUACCAACACCUACCAUUUUGAACAAUUUGUUCUGUUUUGAAUAAUUACAUAACAACUCUAUCCAUCACCAUUGUUUGUCUGUGGUUAUGCUAACCUUAUCCCUCCCCAUCUCCUCCCUCCUCCAGGAUGGCUUCACCCCACUGGCCAUCGCUCUGCAGCAGGGCCACAACCAGGUGGUGUCCGUCCUGCUGGAGCACGACACCAAGGGCAAGGUGCGGCUGCCUGCCCUGCACAUCGCCGCCCGCAAGGAUGACACCAAGUCAGCCGCGCUGCUCCUCCAGAACGACCACAACGCCGACGUCCAGUCCAAGGUACCAAGGCUGGAGGGAAGGGGAUAAUGGUUAAAACGGGCGUCUGUGUCAUUGGGUUAGCAUGUGUCUUUGGCGCUACGACCAUGUGUUGUUAAUGGUGCAAGCCUGACGUGGAGUAGGACUGGAAGGGAAUAGAAUACGGUGUGUUACAGUUUUAGUUUGUCAGUGCUUUGUGGUCUAUGGUUUGAAUAAGAGUUUGAGUUUGAGUUUGAGUUCAUUCAUUCUUGCUCACAGAUAAAACUGAAGAACCGCCCCCUGGUGUUUAUGUGUAGCACUGUAUAGAGUGUGCUAUUGUCCACAGGUCGUAUUGUUGAAUGUCACCAUUUAAGGGCCGUAUGCAUGCAACCUUAGGGGAAUACUGUGGAAACGGGGUGUGAAGGGAUUGGCUGUGGCUAGAGUGAAGUGCAGUUUCCCUUGUUUCGAAGGACAGUAGCCUAAACUGAAAUAAUAUUUUACACCAGGGCUAUUCAAUAACUGUCCAAAAGGUCAUCACUGCAGCACUGCUGAUUUUCAUAGUUGGUUGACCAGUUAAUGUCAUUGAUUGGCCAAAAUCCACUCACCUGGAUUACCCAGGUCUGAAUCAGUUAUUUUGAUUGAUUGAUUGAUUGAUUGAGUGGUUGACUUUUGGGUAAAACAAUUGGCACUGGUUAAAAACAAAUUGAAAGUACAAAGAACCCCAGAGGAUAAAACAUAACAACGUAUUUCCAAUGUGGUCCUCGACGUAGAACGAUAACAGGAGUGAAAACUAGAGAAUUAGUGAAAACUAGCAGUGCUGUGAUUCACCAGGAAGUGAACAGCCCGAGCUGUAAACACAUGGCACGCCAGUAAUAAUUGGUGUUGUCAUUGAACAUAACAUUGUCCUUGUGUCAGGCCUAAUGCUAAUGUUAUUAAAUCAUAUUACACAAUGUAUGCAGCCAUGACAUGCUGUUUGCAGCAUGAACCACACGGGAGACCCAGAGGAGGGUGGAUGAAGAGUGCAGCACACACCCACUCUCACACACGUGGGCUGCAUUUACACAGGCAGCCCAUUUUUUGAUAUUUUUUGACCAAUCACGUCAGAUCUUUUUACAUCAGAUAUUUUUCAGAGCUGAUCUGAUUCGUUGAAAGACCAUUUAGUGAAACAAUUAUAAACGCAGCCAUGAAACAAAGUCCUCUGAAUUUACCUGAGUUAGUUUGGAAAUAACCACCAUCUUAAAGUCUUACUUUGAAAUGUAAAAACACUAUAAAUUGGCAACUCUCUAGUGAGUUUGGCCUUGUGGCGCAAAAUGGCUGCCAUGCGUCACUGUUGUGUGUGUUGCGUAGCGAGAGUAAGGCCUGCUCAUAGAAAACAGUAUUGUGUACAGUAUAGCUCUAUGGGCUGGCUUCUCUCAUUGUAAAACAUCUAAAGGUUUUUGGAUGAAAGGCGCUAUACAGUCUAGCGAUAAAGCUAUUUUCGAAGAGAAACGUACCGCUCGAGCCACGUUGCCCGUAUUUUUUUGUUCUGUACAGCUACCCUGAGCUCUGAGCGUCUGUACAACUGUGUGUAAAAUAACUCAAUUCUUCCCCUUCCUCAUCUCUACUGCUUCAGAUGAUGGUCAAUAGGACUACAGAGGUAUAACCACUAUGUCUAGCACUCAAACCUUCAGCAUAAACACAUCACUUUUCUAUUUUUGUCUUUUGUUCUUUCACCACUUUAUUUCCCUCAGAUCUAUAGCACUGCAUGGUGGCAAUAGCCGCGGGUCUUUUCUUGGUCUUUUGAUUUUGUUCUGUAAUGCUAAUUAAAAACUGGGUGGUUCGAGCUCUGAAUGCUGAUUGGCUGACAGCCGUGGUAUAUCAGACCGUAUACCAUGGGUAUGACAAAACAUUUGUUUUUACCGCUCUAAUUACGUUGGUAACAAGUUUAUAAUAGCAAUAAUGUGUGCGUAAGAACAGCCCUUAGCCGUGAUAUAUUGGCCAUAUACCGCACCCCCGCCUUAUUGCUUAAGUACGCAUGUAGUUUGUCAAUAGUUUGUAUUUCAGUUAGAAAAUUGUUAUUUGUUAAUUUCAUAGGUCUUUUACUUUGUGCGUACUUUAGACUUCCUUUCUUUUUGAUUGGUUGAGUUUCUGGAGUUUUAUUGAUGUUAUCACAAGCUCAGCAAGCUUGAUUACUGAAAACCUCCAAUACAUUUAAACUCCAAUACAAAAUCACCAAUACAUUUCACACUAAGAUUAUAGACUUUACAUAAUGAUGCAUAAUGCUUUUUACAGGGUGUUUGUUAACAUACAGAACACCUAUAUGUUGUGUUGCAUGCCAUCUAUAAAUAUCAUUUUUUUUUAAAUCUAUUUAUAUUUUAGAUGCACUAUGAACUAAAUGUAUAUUAUUUGACUAAACAUAACAAUGUUAUUGUUAUAAUGAGGUCAGUAGCGUCCCAUUUUUUUUUCUAAUUACAAGGAGCUUGAGAUUAGAUAAAGAAAUAGUAAUAUUAUAAGAAAUAUAUCAAUGCAAAUAUAUGUACAUUAUUAUUGCAUACAAAUAUGUUUUUAUACAGUAUAUUAUAAUCCCCAAUACAAUGUCAUGAUAUGACAUCAAUCCAAAAGUAUCCAGGCGCUUUGCAGAUAAUUUGCAGAACAAAUAGCAUGAUGCAUCCUGUCUAUUUUAAUUUGCACCAUUAUCAGCUAUCAGCUUUAUAUGUGUAAUUUUGAAUCAUCGCGUAGUCUACAAUUCUUCACACUUUUGUAAAUAAUGUUUUCACAUUAAAUCGGACCAUGACUUUCAGAAUGGAAAGGUAAGCCAAGAAUUUCACAAUACUCCAACUGCUCUGAUUUCUCUCUGAUUGCUCUGAUUUCUCUCUCUGAUUUCUUAUGAUUCCUAACAUGACAAUAUGCAGUACAGUGACAUAGUGCACUUUGGUGUUAAUUUAAAAGAUGCAGUCAUGUUAAUUUUUUCUUUUUUUCUUUCUUUUUUUCUCUGUCCUGUAAAUGUGUGGUUAACUAAUACUGUGUCAGUUGUUUGGUUGAUAUUAACAGUCUGUGAUUAAUGUACGUCUAUUUGGUUUUUUUAUUUCCUUCAGUUAUUCAUGAUUAUUAUUUCUUUAUGAUUUAUUUAAAUGUAGACACUAUUGUUUUUAUUUUUGUUCUGACUGUAGCAUCACCAGUUGCAUGGUGGGGAUCUUUCUUAGUGUGUGUUUGUGUGUAUGCAUACAGUACGGGAUUUACGUGUAAGUGCGUAAUCGAAUCAUGAUUUUCUGAAACUGAAUUUUAAGAUGUAUUUCCUUCCCUUCAUCUCCUUGGUUUCCUCCCUCUUUGAUAUUUUGACUAUUCAUUUCCUUUUCUUUAUUUCUUUAUUUUUGUUGACGUGCUGCUUAAUGCGACUGCUGCAUGCUGGGUUGGUGGAGGUCAAGGGUCAGACUUUGGGGGUCAUGAAUGAGGUUACUAUCUAAACCACUCCGUCUCUCUCUCCCUCCCUCUCUCUGUGUUCGCCCCUGUGUUACAGAGUGGAUUCACGCCACUGCAUAUCUCUGCCCACUAUGGAAACGUGAACGUGGCCACAUUGCUGCUGAACCGUGGGGCGGCUGUGGACUUCACAGCCAGGGUGAGUAGUGUACCAUGACAGCUACCUUCUGAUCUGGAGUCAGCCGUUGUGCCACAAGGUCUUAGGCACCAUUACAGCUGCCUUCUGAUCUGGAGUCAGCUGUUGUGCCACAAGGUCUUAGGCACCAUUACAGCUGCCUUCUGAUCUGGAGUCAGCCGUUGUGCCACAAGGUCUUAGGCACCAUUACAGCUACCUUCUGAUCUGGAGUCAGCUGUUGUGCCACAAAGUCUUAGGCACCAUUACAGCUACCUUCUGAUCUGGAGUCAGCCGUUGUGCCUCAAGGUCUUAGGCACCAUUACCGCUACCUUCUGAUCUGGAGUCAGCCGUUGUGCCACAAGGUCUUAGGCACCAUUACAGCUGCCUUCUGAUCUGGAGUCAGCUGUUGUGCCACAAGGUCUUAGGCACCAUUACAGCUGCCUUCUGAUCUGGAGUCAGCCGUUGUGCCACAAGGUCUUAGGCACCAUUACAGCUACCUUCUGAUCUGAAGUCAGCCGUUGUGCCACAAGGUCUUAGGCACCAUUACUAUAGACCUUUACUGGAACUAGUGCACAGUUUGUAGGUUAUAGGAAGGGCUGCCCACACACUGUGCCAACCCUGCACAGAGUCCAAGAGUCAUAAAACACAGGAGACUUUAGAACACGUACACACGUACACAUGUACGUACGCACACACACACACACACACACACACACACACACACACACACACACACACACACACACACACACACACACACACACACUCUCUCUCUGAGCGUGUAGAGUGUAGUGCUCUUUAGGAACCACAGUCUGCUAAUUAUAUGCUUUCCUGGACAAUGACGCCAUCCUCCUCAGCACUUCCCCUUUUCUCAGUAUCCUCAUGCUAAUGUGUGUGGUCUCCAUCAGCCACUCAAGGGAAGAUGGUCUGUACUGUACUGUACUGUACUGUACUGUACAACCACUCAGACAGAAGAGAGGAACCAGGAGAAUGGGAGAAAGCCAGUCCUUUUCAGGAGUUGAGACAGAACCCAAGGGCAGAGAAAUGGACAGUGAUAUUUUCAAGCUAAAAGGUUACCUGAAGGUCACAGACUCAAGCAGUACUCUUCUCAGCUCUCAGACUGUGUGUGUGUGUGUGUGUGUGUGUGUGUGUGUGUGUGUGUGUGUGUGUGUGUGUGUGUGUGUGUGUGUGUGUGCGGCCAAAGCCCAAAUUCGCUAACUCAGCAAGAAUCCUUUAAUUUGCAAAAAUGUAACGCUCAAAACCACUGUCAUAUCUGCUAUGUCACACUUUCUCAGGCAUUUUUAGUCACAGUCAUCCUCACAAGCUGUGUCCCGCAAAGCUUUGGGCCAGGCGCUCAGCUUUCACAUUGUCAGGAUUUCACAGACAUCAGAGGAGUGGCCGGACGCCAAGACAACAGAAACACAUCCUAACAGGACGAAUGAACAGGAAGCCAUUCUCAGCAAUUCAAUUCAAGCUUUAUUGUUCCAGCAGGGAAAUUAAUUGUGGCAUAUUAGAAAGCAUAAACUACCCCCACUGUCUGAUGGACAACAUUAAACAUAAUAUAAACUGUGUACUGGCCUUGUGACAACACAGAUUGUAUACAAUACUAUUGUAGUUAUAUACCAUUAGUUAAUUAGUUGAUGUAGAUUUUAAGGUGUCUUCCAUUGUGUUUUAUGUGUUUCAGAAUGGGAUCACGCCCCUCCACGUUGCCUCCAAGCGUGGGAACACUAACAUGGUGCGCCUCCUAUUGGACAGGGGGUCUCAGAUCGACGCUAAGACUAGGGUAAGUCCACACACACCCCCACACACACACACAAACACACACACAAACACACACACACACAACACACACACAAACACACACACACACACAUACACACACAUACAUACAGUGCACUCAAAGAGUUCCUAAACCCAGAGGCGCAAAAUCGCGAGACUUCCGGGAACGCUUGCGAAACAGACCAAACAGAUCAGACCGGGGUUUGAGAAGUCAAUGAGAUAAGUGAAAAAUUCUUCCUUAGUUGUUAAUUUUCUUGAAUUCUAAAGGCACGACCUAGAUUCAAGCCAAUGUCUUAAGUAUUUGAACAUCUUGUUACUCCAACCUUGUGAAAGUGAAAAACUGACACGUUUUCAUUUUUGUCAAAAACAACCUUUGAUUUGUGCCUUUGAUUUGAUGGCCUUCACAUGCGCAGUUCGGCACGAGACGACCGUUAGACCCGAUGACGUGUUUCUACGCAUGAGCUUAGAUAGCCAACGUCGCCAUGACAUCGCAUGCAAGUGUGAUCAGGGAUUUCUAUUGGAGAAGCAGUUUCUGCCUAUGUUCAUACUGUACUGUCUUUGGUACACACACACACAUACACGCACACACACACACAUACCGUUUGCCUGUCUGUCUGUCUGUGUGUGUGUGUGUGAGUCUGUGUGUGUGUGUGUGUGUGUGUGUGUAUGAGUCUGUGUGUGUGUGUGUGUGUGUGUGUGUGUGUGUGUGUGUGUGUGUAUUCUUACAUUUGUGUACUGUAUAGAGUACCAGUCAAAGGUUUGGACACACCUACUCAUUCAAGGGUUUUUCUUUAUUUUUACUAUUUUCUACAUUGUAGAAUAAUUGUGAAGACAUCAAAACUAUGAAAUAACACAUAUGGAAUCAUGUAGUAGCCAAAAAAGUGUUAAACAAAUCAAAAUAUAUUUAAGAUUCUUCAAAGUAGCCACCCUUUGCCUUGAUGACAGCUUUGCACACUCUUGGCAUUCUCUCAAACAGCUUUAUGAGGAAUGCUUUUCCAACAGUCUUGAAGGAGUUCCCACAGAUGCUGAGCACUUGUUGGCUGCUUUUCCUUCACUCUGCGGUCCAACUCAUCCCAAACCAUCUCAAUUGGGUUGAGAUCGGGUGAUUGUGGAGGCCAGGUCAUCUGAUGCAGCACUCCAUCACUCUCCCUGGUCAAAUAGCCCUUCCACAGCCUGGAGGUGUGUUUUGGGUCACUGUCCUGUUGAAAAACAAAUGACAGUCCCACUAAGCGCAAACCAGAUGGGAUGGCGUAUCGCUGCAGAAUGCUGUGGUAGCCAUGCUGGUUAAGUGUGCCUUGAAUUCUAAAUAAAUCACAGACAGUGUCACCAGCAAAGCACCCCCACACCAUCACACCUCCUCCUCCAUGCUUCACGGUGGGAACCACACAUGCGGAGAUCAUCCGUUCACCUACUCUGCGUCUCACAAAGACACGGAGGUUGGAACCAGAAAUCUCAAAUUUGGACUCAUCAGACCAAAGGACAGAUUUCGACCGGUCUAAUGUCCAUUGCUCGUGUUUCUUGGCCCAAGCAAGUAUCUUCUUCUUAUUGGUGUCCUUUAGUAGUGGUUUCUUUACAGCAAUUCGACCAUGAUGGCCUGAUUUACGCAGUCUCCUCUGAUCAGUUGAUGUUGAGAUGUGUCUGUUACUUGAACUCUGUGAAGCAUUUAUUUGGGCUGCUAUCUGAGGUGCAGUUAACUCUAAUUAACUUAUCCUCUGCAGCAGAGGUAACUCUGGGUCUUCCUGUCCUGUGGCAGUCCUCAUGAGAGCCAGUUUCAUCAUAGCUCUUGAUGUUUUUUGCGACUGCACUUGAAGAAACUUUCAAGAACCUUCAAGAAUUUUCCGGAUUGACUGACCUUCAUGUCUUAAAGUAAUGAUGGAUUGUCGUUUCUCUUUGCUUAUUUGAGCUGUUCUUGCCAUAAUAUGGACUUGGUCUUUUACCAAAUAGGGCUAUCUUCUGUCUACCUUGUCACAACACAACUGAUUGGCUCAAACACAUUAAGAAGGAAAUAAAUUCCACAAAUUAACUUUUAAGAAGGCACACCUGUUAAUUGAAAUGCACAUUAGGUGACUACCUCAUGAAACUGGUGGAGAGAAUGCCAAGAGUGUGCAAAGCCGUCAUCAAGGCAAAGGGUGGCUACUUUGAAGAAUCUCAAAUAUAAAAUAUUUUUUGAUUUGUUCAACACUUUUGUGGUGACUACAUGAUUGUUAUUUCAUAGUUUUGAUGUCUUCACUAUUAUUCUACAAUGUAGAAAAUAGUAAAAAUAAAGAAAAACCCUUGAAUGAGUAGGUGUGUCCAAACUUUUGACUGGUACUGUAAGUAAGUGUGCCCACUGUUCAUACUGUAUGUGGGUGUGGGGUGUGUUGAUCAGUACGAGAGAGGGUCAGUAAGUGUGUAUGUGGGUGUGGGGUGUGUUGAUCAGUACGAGAGAGGGUCUGUGAGUGUGUAUGUGGGUGUGGGGUGUGUUGAUCAGUACGAGAGAGGGUCAGUGAAUGUGUAUGUGGGUGUGGGGUGUGUUGAUCAGUACAAGAGAGGGUCAGUGAAUGUGUACUGCAUAGCUGGUGGAUGUGUGUGUGAGUGAGAGCUGCAGAUCAAUGUAGUUACAGCUAGCUCACUAGAGAAUAACUUGUUGAGUCUUAAAGCCCUCCAUUUUCACCCGCUGUUAUUCCUGGUCCGUUUUGCUGCUCAGUUUACUGCAUUAAUUUAGGGCAAAAAUGCAACCACUCCUUCUUCCUUCUCUCAAAUCACUCCAUCACUAUACUUCCCUCAGGUAGCCUGACAAUCAACCAAUCUUUCGUGUCAGAAAAUGUCCUGUGCCAUUGAUAUUUAUGUGUCCAUUACCAAGGUAUUAAAUCAUAUUAUACAAUGGCUGGGUCUAAUCCUGAAUGCUGAUUGGUUAAAAUCGCAUUCCAGCUGGUGUCUAUUCCACAAGUUACCAACAGCUAAAUAUAUGACAUUAAAAUGCCUAUUUACUCUGUUCUAUCAGCCCAGCAAAGCAAUUUAUAAACUUGAUCUCCACUAUAAAAAGCAUCUAGACAUUAUCUCACAUUUCUUUUAGACUAACAUUUUGUUUUCAACAGCGGAGAUUUGUAUAAACCUUGCUGUAUGUCUCUCCGACAUUUGCAACAUUGUUUCAAUAUUCAAAUUCGAUCUCCAGCUGUCCCAUAGUAAUGAACGUGUCAGGAGUCGGGACGAGACAGACAGGCAGGCAGCGUUUCUCAGCCAGUCGAAAUCAUGAAUCAGCUGGCAUCAUUUUUAUGGAUAUAUACAAAGAAAUGUCAAUUGAAAAAAGGUAAAAAUAAACGAAGUGCAGCUAGUUUGUAGUCUUUCCAGCUUCAGUUUGAAAUGAUUGUGUUAGCUGUGUUGUUGUCUAACUCCUCUGAACAACAGUGUCCUGACGAGAGAGCACAUUUUCUAUGCCAGGUGAAAUCGCACCUCAUUAGCUCAUUGUUAUGGAUGUACCCAAAUAAAUGUCACAAGAAAACAGCUUAAACAAAUGCAAAUGCAGCUACUUUACUGUUAUUCUGGGUGCACUGUUUGACGUGACUGUAAGUUAGCCGUAGCUCGCUAGCAAGCAAGGGAUAAGAACAUUGCCAGCCAGUAUGGCAAUGGAACAUUUAGAACCAAUGACAUAGAUACAGAACAAAAAGACUGAAAGACUGGGUCGCGUCUCUGGCAACCGAACCGAUAGAACGAACGACCAGCCGGCUUGGGUAGCAACCCAAGAUUUGUGUCGUGACUGUAUCUUGUGGAAGGAUGAAUUAGUAUGAACAAAUUAAUCCAAAUAAAGUUUUUAAUGAAAAUAUGUCAAUCAUUAUUUGAAUAUGUUGGUAACCCGUUGUAUAAAAGUAAUAAUGCCCUCGAAGCCGGUGUUUUAAAGAUAUAUUGGCACGGUUUGCCGGACCUCGACUUCGUCUCGGGCCUAACAACUCCCGUGCCAAUAUAUCCUCCAAACACCGGCUUCUCGGGCAUUAUCACUUCAAUAUCAUUGUAAUGUCCACAGUUAAUGUAAAUAUUGCAUAGAAAGAUUAGAGCCUAAUGUCACUAUAACGUCCAAUUAACGUCAGAUACCAGCAGUACUCUUCCGGUCAAUGCAUUACAGCACCCAUUUAGGCCUUUAAUAUACUAUACAUCCAUAUAUCAUAUUACAUGUCCAGAGUUAAUGUUUGAUUUGAUAUCAUAGGUGGAUUAUGUAAUUAAAACGAACAUAGUAUCAUCAUGUUGGCAUAGAGUCAAUGUAAAAUAAUGGCAAAAAAAUCAACAUUAGGGGAUGCCGCCUAGUGUAUAGCACAGCUGUGUUAUUGCAACGGUUGGGUCAGUGUGGGACAGGGUAUCAGUUAUCACAAACUCCAGGAUAAUAUUCUAGUAAAACAGUCUGUUUAAUCACCACCAUAACUCCAGUAUAAUAUUCUAGUAAAACAGUCUGUUAAUCACAUCGUAACUCCAGUUUAUAUUCUAGUUAAAAACUGUCAUCAAACUCCAGAUAAUAUUCUAGUAAAACAGUCUGUUUAAUCACACAUAUAAAACUCAGUUUAAUAAUAUCCAUAUAGUUUAAAACAGUCUGUUUAAUCACCAUCAUAACUCCAGUAUAAUAUUCUAGUAAAACAGUCUGUUUAAUCACCAUCAUAACUCCAGUAUAAUAUUCUAGUAAAACAGUCUGUUUAAUCACCAUCAUAACUCCAGUAUAAUAUUCUAGUAAAACAGUCUGUUUAAUCAGGAAAACAUCUGUACUUCCUGGCAGAUUGGAUAAAAGAAUAAAGCCUGUGUGUGUUUACUUAUAAACAACCUCCACAGCAACAACAACAACAACAACAACAACAACAACAACAACAACAACAACUAAAGCCUUAUGAAACCCUCACGUAACAGCAGGUCCGUCCUCAUGUUUUAUUACACAGCUGAUUUGAGGGAUACAGGGGACGUUUUGUCUGUUUGAUUUUCUUUAGUUUGACAUGGUAAUGUAUUUAAUUAAGCCAUUGGUCCACAGAUAGACGUCUACCAAGAUACUCAGGGGACUGGAGUAAUGUAAGUCCACUGUGGAUCAAUGAGCUUCAGUCUGCAGUUUAUUCACCAGGGAAUGGAACCAUAGCCCCUUAGAUGGACAUGUCAUAAGUGCUGUGACCUGAUCAAUACUCUGCUACCACUGGUGACCUUGAACCAUGUGUGUGUGUGUUCAUGCGAGGAUGGGGGUUUGUUUUAUGUGUGUGUGUGUGUGCGUGCAUGUGUGUUUUGUAUGCCCUGUGUGUAUCACAGGAGGUUGGUGUCACCUUAAUUGGGGAGGAUGGGUUUGUGGUAAUGUCUGGAACGGAAUAAGUGGAAUGGUAUCAAAUACAUCAACACAUGGUUUCUAUCAGAACUCCAGUAUAAUAUUCUAGUAAAACAGUCUGUUUAAUCACCAUCAUAACUCCAGUAUAAUAUUCUAGUAAAACAAUCUGUUUAAUCACCAUCAUAACUCCAGUAUAAUAUUCUAGUAAAACAGUCUGUUUAAUCACCAUCAUAACUCCAGUAUAAUAUUCUAGUAAAACAAUCUGUUUAAUCACCAUCAUAACUCCCAGUAUAAUAUUCUAGGUAAAACAUCUGGUUUUCCAUCAGACGCCAUAUAUUCUAGUAACAUCUGUUAAUCAACAUCAUGAAUCCAGUAUCAAUAUUCUAGUAAACUGCUGGUUUAAUCACCACAAACUCGCAGAAAUUCUAUAAACACUCUGUUUAAUCACCAUCAUACCCAGUAUAAAUUCUAGUAAACAGCUGUAAUCACCAUCAAACUCCAGUAUAAUAUUCUAGUAAAACAUCGUUUAAUCACCAUCAUAACUCCAGUAAUAUUCUGUAAAACAUCGUUAAUCACCACAUAACUCCAGUAUAAUAUUCUAGUAAAACAGCGUUUAUCACCAUCAUAACUCCAAUAAUAUUCAGUAAAACAUCUGUUAAUCAGCAUCAAACUCCAUAAAUCUAGUAAAACAGUCUGUUUAAUCAGGAAAACAUCUGUACUUCCUGGCAGAUUGGAUAAAAGAAUAAAGCCUGUGUGUGUUUGGUCGCAGUGGUCUAAGGCACUGCAUCGCAGUGCUAACUGUGCCACUAGAGAUCCUGGUUCGAAUCCAGGCUCUGUCGCAGCCGGCCGCGACCGGGAGACUCAUGGGCGGCGCACAAUUGGCCCAGCAUCGUCCAGGGUAGGGGAGGGAAUGGCCGGCAGGGAUGUAGCUCAGUUGAUAGAGCAUGGCGUUUGCAACGCCAGGGUUGUGGGUUCGACUCCCACGGGGGGCCAGUAUAAAAAAUAAAUAAAAAAUAUGUAUUCACUAACUGUAAGUCGCUCUGGAUAAGAGCGUCUGCUAAAUGACUAAAAUGUAAAUGUAAUGUAAAUGUAAACAACCUCCACAACAACAACAACAGCAGCAGCCUCCACUUGUGUGAAUGAACCUUAUAGAUCUGUGUGUAUUUGUAUUUGUUUAAUGAUGACCAUCUGUGUGUGUGUUGUCUACAGGACGGCCUCACACCUCUACACUGUGCCGCCAGGAGUGGACAUGACCCAGCAGUGGAGCUACUGCUGGAGAGAGGAGCACCCAUGCUGGCCAGGACCAAGGUACACACACACACACACACACACACGGACACACACACACACGGACACACAUGGACACACACACACACACACACACACACACACGGACACACAUGGACGGACACACAUGGACACACACAAACUCACACACACACACACACACACACACACACACGCACACACAUGGACACACACACACACACACACACACACACACACACACGGACACACAUGGACGGACACACAUGGACACACACAAACUCACACACACACACACACACACACACACACACGGACACACACACACACACACACAGACACACACACACACGGACACACAUGGAUGGACACACACUCACACACACUCACACACACACACACACACACACACCAACACAAGCAUGGAUACACACACAUGCACACAUAGACUCCCUCUCUCUGACCAUCUUCUCUCUCCCUGUAGAACGGUCUGUCUCCUCUACACAUGUCGUCUCAGGGUGACCACGUUGAGUGUGUCAAGCACCUGCUGCAGCACAAGGCGCCUGUUGAUGAUGUCACAUUGGACUACCUGACGGCGCUGCACGUCGCCGCCCACUGCGGUCACUACAGAGUCACCAAGCUGCUGCUGGACAAGCGGGCCAACCCCAACGCUAGAGCACUGGUACUACUCACUAAUACAAUGACUUUCAUUACAAGGACCAGUACUACAGGUCCUUGUAAUGUCUCUAAGAGACAGAACAAAGUGUGGCGUGAGAAUAAGAUGGCCUCUCAUGUAUGUCUCAACAUGUCAACAUGUCCCUACAUGUGUAUGUAGGUGUGUUUCAUACAUCAUGUGUCUGGUGUGUGUGUCUGUCAGAACGGCUUCACUCCGCUGCACAUCGCCUGUAAGAAGAACAGAGUGAAGGUGAUGGAGCUGCUGGUCAAGUAUGGAGCAUCUAUCCAGGCCAUCACAGAGGUAAGUCUGGCCAGUUCAGAUAGAAGAGUUUUUGGUUACACCAGAUUACACAAUAUACACACAAUUACAGCUACACCAGAUUACACAAUAUACACACAAUUACAGCUACACCAGAUUACACAAUAUACACACAAUUACAGCUACACCAGAUUACACAAUAUACACACAAUUACAGCUACACCAGAUUACACAAUAUACACACAUUACAGCUACACCAUUACACAAUAUACACACAAAUUACAGCUACACCAGAUUACAUACAAAUAUACACACAAUUUAACAGCCUACAACCAGAUUACACAAUAUACAACACAAUUAACAGCCUACCCAGAUUACACCAAUAUACACCACAAUCUACAGCUACACCAGAUUACCCAAUAAUACAACAAUUACAGCACACCAGAUUACACAAUAUACAACCAAUUACAGCUACAACACCAGAUUACACAAUAUACACACAAUUACAGCUACAACAACCAGAUUACCAAAUUAUAACACACAAAUACAAGCUACACCAGAUUACACAAUAACACACAAAACAGCUACACCCAGAUUAAAUAACAACCACAAAUAAAGUACACCAGAUUAUACACACAAAUACAGCUACACCAGAUUACACAAUAUACACACAAUUACAGCUACACCAGAUUACACAAUAUACACACAAAUACAGCUACACCAGAUUACACAAUAUACACACAAAUACAGCUACACCAGAUUACACAAUAUACACACAAAUACAGCUACACCAGAUUACACAAUAUACACACAAAUACAGCUACACCAGAUUACACAAUAUACCAUGCAACCACACACUCCUUUACUCUUCAACACUGUUGAUGUACAGUCCCAGUGACUUGUGUUUUGACCAGAACUGGCUUCACGUGCAUGAACGGUAAUGAUACUUUAUAAUGAUGAAAACUCUCUCCCCUCCCUCCAUCCAGUCUGGCCUGACUCCCGUCCACGUAGCUGCCUUCAUGGGUCACCUCAACAUCGUCCUGCUGCUACUGCAGAACGGAGCCUCGCCUGACGUCAGCAACAUUGUGAGUGAUGGGGGUUAACGUCAUGACAACGACAAUGACAUGGACAGUGGGUGUACGUGUAUGUGCAUUAAUGGGUGUUUGUGCUGUCUCAGGGUGUCUCGUGUGUGUAUGAGGGUGUGCCCGUACACGUGUGUGUGUGUGUGUGUGUGUGUCUGUAUCUCUGCGUGUGUGUUUUUGUGUUUCUUCUGAUUCACGUGUGUGUUCUGUGCAGCGUGGGGAGACUGCUCUACACAUGGCGUCCAGGGCAGGACAGGUGGAGGUGGUGCGCUGUCUGCUGAGGAACGGCGCCAUGGUGGACGCCAGAGCCAGGGUGAGACACAUUAUCACACACUACACACAACUCACCACUCCACUCCCACUUAGUACUAGUACUCACCGCUCCACUCCCACUUAGUACUAGUACUCACCGCUCCACUCCCACUUAGUACUAGUACUCACCACUCCACUCCCACUUAGUACUAGUACUCACCGCUCCACUCCCACUUAGUACUAGUACUCACCGCUCCACUCCCACUUAGUACUAGUACUCACCGCUCCACUCCCACUUAGUACUAGUACUCACCGCUCCACUCCCACUUAGUACUAGUACUCACCGCUCCACUCCCACUUAGUACUAGUACUCACCACUCCACUCCCACUUAGUACUAGUACUCACCACUCCACUCCCACUUAGUACUAGUACUCACCACUCCACUCCCACUUAGUACUAGUACUCACCACUCCUCUCGUGCCAAAAGUCUAUCUCACUUAUUUUACUUUAUAAAACAAUGUUCACUCAAUAGACCUAGGUUGGAAGUUGAUAAAAUAUUUUGGUACAGUCAGAUUAGAGUCUUCUCUUUUAAGCAGGAGCCAAUUUCUUUCCAAUUUCCUGUUUUUUCCCGCAAUUAUAUUUGAAAUAUUGCGAAAGGCUUGUUCUGGCUGCAUGCUUUUCACUGACAGAUUUUCAGCGCGUUACCAGGCUAUAUGCCUUGUGAUUGGGCUACACACAAUCCACAGAAAGGCAAUUUUUUAAAAGAAGCUAUUGGUCCUCUGUGGCUAAAUUAUAGGCCUACUCAUGGAGCAGUAUUCUAAAUUAUUUAAUUUCUUUCUGAACAGACAGCAGUGAUUCUAUAACUUUGGCAAAUAUAUUUCAAUUAAUCAGGGUUGCUGCAGCUCCUCCAGCACCCUUCCUGUGGCGAUGAUUCUAUAAGGAAAUAAAUGAUGAAGUGCAACGCUGGAGAGAGGAGAGUUGCAGGCUCAUUUCUAUCAGAGCAGAGAGAGGGAGAGAGAUCAUAGAAAGUGAAUCUCAUUCUAGAUCUGAGAGAUAUAAAGGCGGCCUCUCUCUCACCACAACAAUAAGCCCGGGCAGGCCCAACACAAAUAUCAGGCACGGGCUGAAAAACGAUGUUUUCACAUUGCAUUUUUUUUUAGAGGGCAGGAGAAUUAAUGAGGAAGCAACUCGAAUAAACUCUGAUCACUUUUAUUAGCAUUUUUACAUUGGAAACAGUGAUUUUCUUCUCAUGUAGAGGUAAAAAUAGGUUCCGGAACGAAACAGUCCAACACGGGGAGGAGCCGGAUACUGUUCCGGCAGGAUCCGGCUCAAAUUAAGCUUUUGCUUCACUCUCACUUAGUACUAGGCAGUUAACAGCAAAUUCUUCCUGUAAGCAAAUUGCCCCUCAGGGAUAAUAAAGAUCCUCUCCUCUCCUCUCCUCUCCUCUCCUCUCCUCUCCUCUCCGCUCCUCCUCCUCUCCUCUCCUCUCCCUCCUCGCCUCUCCUCUCCUCUCCUCUCCUCUCUCUCCUCCCCCUCUCCUCUACUCACUCUCUCUAUUCACUUCACUUCACUUCAACUUCACCUUCACUUCUUCCUCUCCUCUCCUUCUCCCUCCUCGCCUCUCCUCUCCUCUCCUCGUCCUCUCCUUCUCCUCUCCUCCUCUCCCCCUCUUCCCUCUCCUCUCCUCUCCUCUCCUCUCCCUCCUCUACUUCACUUCCCUUCACUCUCCUCAAUCAUUCCUCUCCUCUCCUCUCCUCUCCUCUCCUCUCUCGCUUCGCCUCUCCUCUCCUCCUCUCCUCUCGCUCGCCGCUCCUCUCCUCUCACUUCGACUUCAACUUCACUGCACUUCACCUCCUCCUCUCCUCUCCUCCUCCUCUCCUCUCCGUCUCCUCUCCUCUCCUCUCCUCUCCUCUCCUCUACUUCACUUCACUUCACUUCACUUCACUUCACUUCACUUCACUUCACUUCUCCUCUCCUCUCCUCUCCUCUCCUCCUCCUCUCCUCUCCUCUCCUCUCCUCUCGCUCUCCUCUCCUCUCCUCUCCUCUCCUCUCCUGCUCCUCUCCUCUCCUCUCCUCUCCUCUCCUCUCCUCUACUCUACUCUACUCUACUCUACUCUACUCUACUCUACUCUACUCUACUCUAUUGUACUCCAAGAAAGCACCAAAAUAAUGAAGUACCCAUUAUCACCACAUAUAGUAACUUCAUGAAAGCGGGGCUGUAAAAUAAAGCAUUACUACCCUCAUUAAACUUCAAGUACCUUAAAAGUAAUAUCACCCAUAGCCUCUAUCUCUCUAUGUACGUCUGUAAUAAAAUACAUAUUCUACCACAUAUAACCUCCAUGUCUCUACCCCCUCCAGGAGGACCAGACACCCCUCCACAUUGCAUCUCGUCUGGGGAAGACUGAGAUAGUCCAGCUGCUACUGCAGCAUAUGGCCCACCCUGACGCCUCCACGACUAACGGAUACACACCUCUCCACAUCUCAGCCAGGGAGGGACAGGUGGACGUGGCUUCAGUACUGCUGGAGGCAGGCGCCUCACACUCACUGGCUACUAAGGUGGGUAGAGAUAAUACAUGUGUAGGCGCACACACACUCACACACACCUACACACUCACACACACCUACAUUUCUUCGCCUAAGCACAAGCACACAUACACGCAUACACGCACACACACACACACACACACACACACACACACACACAUACACACAUUCACACAUACACACACACCUGUACAUCUUGGUGCGGUUUUUGUGGAGAUGUUUUUAUGGAUGGAUUCCAUCCCCUUAAUUCUGUGUGGAUUAUAAAAGAAAUACAUCUUGAUUCGCUGUAUGGCCUGUUUCACAGGCACAGACUAUGGGUCACUGUCAGUGUGACCUGGCUUAUUCUGGUUUAAUCAAUUCAUGAUUUAUGAUGCUUUGGAGAACCCCUGGCUUCUUCUCCUGAAUUUUGCAAAAACACAUUGACUUUUGUCACUGAAGGAUAUUCAACAUCCACUGACACAACGAUAUAUCAGUGCUAAUUUAUUCAUAUGCUCUGGGUUCUGAGGUUUAUGAUGCAGUAAAAUUCACCCAUCUCUCUCUCUCGCACCCCCCCCCCCCCCCCCCCCCUCUCUCUCUCUCUCUCUCUCUCUCUCUCUCUCUCUCUCUCUCUCUGUCUCUGUCUCUGUCUUCCCUUCCCCCUCUUCUCCUUGUCUCAUGGGGAAAAACAGGUGUGGCAUUGUUAGCAUGAAAAACAGGACAGGGACAGCGGUUUGCCCGUUGAACAACAUCUUCCUAGAUAUGCUCCUCUCUACCUCUGUCCCCAAUCACCUGUGUUUGAUCUGUUAGAUGGGUGACGUUUUACACCCUAUAGAUUCUAAUCUUUAUCUUCUGUUUUUCACAACGUUAGUGCCUCUCAUUCUCUUCUUAUCUACACAUUGUUUCUAAUUGGAUGUGUAUUACAUCAGAAAUGAACCAGCGUUACACAGACAAAGGAUUCCCUCCCUUCAUGGGUUGGGUCGUAAACAAGGGAGUCAUGUGACAUGGGAGCGGCGCUGUCGUCCUAUCACAACAGCCCAAUGUGACAAUGGCUAAAGACCACCACCUGGUGGCUGCGUUGGUACUAGGUAUUGCUGAUCAGAAGGAAAGGCAGGUUUUGCUCUGUAAAUUGGAUUUUGGGUAUUACCUACGAUGGCAUAAGCAAUGUGGGUGAACAGAGAUUUGUUGUUAUUGUGCAUCUUGUGAAAUUGCAUUAUGUUUGGUUCACAUACAUCAUUAGUUGGCAGUGAAUUUCUGAUCCCUUUGGAAAGGACGCUGUUAUGAAAUUAUUGCUUUUGAAUAUACAAAACAUCUGCUCUUUCCAUGACAUAGACUGACCAGGUGAAUCCAGGUGAAAGCUAUGAUCCCUUAAUGAUGUCACUUGUUGAAUCCACUUCAAUCAGUGUAGAUGAAGGGGAGGAGACAGGUUAAAGAAGGAUUUUAAGUGCCUUUGAACAGGGUAUGGUAGUAGGUGCCAGGAGCACCGGUUUAUGUCAAGAACUGCAACGCUGCUGGGUUUUUUCACGCUCAACAGUGUGUAUAAAGAAUGGUCCACCACCCAACUUUUAUUCAUUUUAGUUGACGUUUUUAUCCAGAUCGACUUACAGUUAGUGAGUGCAUAUAUUAUUAUUAUUUUUAUUUAUUUAUUUAUAUUUAUAUUUAUACAACUGUGGGAAGCAUUGGAGUCAACAUGGGCCAGCAGCCCUGUGGAACACUUUAAACAGCUUGUAGAGUCCGUGCCCCGACGAAUUGAAGUUGUUCUGAGGGCAAAAGGGGGUGCAACUCAAUAUUAGGAAGGUGUUCCUAAUGUUUUGUACACUCAGUGUAUUCCACAUUUAUGAAGAUAUAGAUAGUGUUUGUUUCAAUCAUUAUUAAAUGGUCAUCUGUAUGUUGUCUCCAUACAGAAAGGAUUCACUCCCUUGCAUGUGGCAUCCAAGUACGGAAGCCUGGAUGUGGCCAAACUUCUCCUGAAAAAAACAGCUCCUCCUGAUUCUGCUGGGAAGGUAAGCAUCAUUACCAUAAAACUCAAACACUUAAUCAUAGUAUAGUUUUGUAACAGAGGGAGAAAUAACUAAACAGUAGAAAAGUAUAUUUCUCACAAGGUGUGUUAUAUUUUCACAAUAUCAGACAAUGCUCUGACCUUGAAGUAUUGUUACAUGAUGAGGAAUAGUCUGAUGAGGAAUUAUCUGAUGAGGAAUUAUCUGAUGAAGAAUAGUCUGAUGAGGAAUAGUCUAAUGAGGAAUUAUCUGAUGAGGAAUAGUCUGAUGAGGAAUAGUCUGGUAAGGAAUUAUCUGAUGAGGAAUAGUCUGAUAAGGAAUUAUUUGAUGAGGAAUAGUCUGAUGAGGAAUUAUCUGAUGAGGAAUUAUCUGGCUAUAUUUUUAAAAAGUCUGUUGUUAUUUCUGGUUGAGGCUAUGUUGUCAGCUAGACUCCCGGAAGCAUAGUUUGAUUAAAUCAACUUUCAGUUUGAUUAACUGCUGUUUAUUCCUCUACUUUUAGGAAAGACAGAUAACAUAUAUAUAUUUUUUCUUAUUAUUCUUUUUGAAUAAGGACCCACCCAGCGAGCCUCCUGCUGCUUGCUCUUUAAUAUAAGCCUAAUUGUCCAUAACAUGCUGUAAUAGUACCACUAUAACUCAGCUUAUUUAUCAUGUGUCGUGUGUGUUGACCAGUGUUCUUAAUGGCUGCUUGCUCUGCUAACCAGCCUGGUUUAAUCCAAUCUGCACUCACCUCGUCAUCCUUGCAGAACGGCCUCACACCUCUCCAUGUAGCAGCACAUUACGAUAACCAGAAGGUGGCGCUCCUGCUUUUGGACAAAGGGGCCUCGCCCCACGCCACAGCCAAGGUGAGACCUCCAUGAGGCCACUCUGGCACUCUCCCCAAACAUGUGGGGGGAGAGACGUCGGUCAGCCUUGGGGUGGACAGUCAAUGUGGUAUUGAAGCUGUGUGCGUGUGUGUGUGUGUGUGUGUGUGUGUGUGUGUGUGUGUGUGUGUGUGUGUGUGUGUGUGUGUGUGUGUGUGUGUGUGCAUUUGUGUGUGGGUGUGCGUUUGUGUGUGGUGUGUAUGUGGUGUGCGUGUGCGUUUGUGUGUGUACGUUUGUGUGUGUGCAUGCAUGUGUGAGUGCAUGCAUCUCUCUCUCUCUCUCUCUCUCUCUCUCUCUCUCUCUCUCUCUCUCUCUCUCUCUCUCUCUCACACUCUCUCUCCCUCCCUCCAGAACGGCUACACCCCCCUCCACAUUGCGGCCAAGAAGAACCAGAUGGACAUAGCGGUGGUGCUGCUGCAGUACGGGGCGGAGACCAACAUCCUGACCAAGCAGGGGGUCACCCCUCUACACCUGGCCUCACAGGAGGGACACGCUGACAUGGCCGCCCUGCUCAUCGAGAAGGGGACUCAAGUCAACGUCCCCACCAAGGUAGGCCUACAUCUUCCCACCCCUCUUGGUUUUAAACUGCUUAUGUAA